AUGUCGCUGGCGACGCGGGAGGUCCCGCCGCCGCCGCCGCCGCCGCCGAGCGCGGGGGGCGGAUACGCGGAAACGCCCAACCAAGAGCGAAGCAUCGCGCUCCUUCCCGGGAUCUCCCUCGCGGGCGACGCUGGGCCCGACGGAAGGCAAGGGUCCGGGUUCGUGGAGGCCGUCGGCGACCCGACCGCGGACGACGCCCUCUCGUGGCACGUGCAGAAGAUCAAGGAGAGGCAGAAGGACGUGGACGGGACGGAGGAGGACGUGAAGAAGCGCGCGAGGGCGACCGUCGAGACGGCCGCCGCGGCCGCGGCCGCGGCGGCGGCGACGUCGGCGGGCGACGACGACGCGGAGAACAAAAAGACCGAGAAAGCCGACGACACCGACGACGGCGCGGAGACGAUCGCGGCGCCGUUCGCGUUCGGUCCCACGCACGCGGACAUCGCGAUCAAGCACUACCGCGAGACCCCCGCGCCGCAGACCGCGGAGACGCGCGAGGGGCGGCCGCGGAAGCGUAAAUCGCGCUGGGAAGACGCCGACGCCGCGUCCGCGUCCGCGUCCGCGGCGGCGGGCGCGUCGGCGCUCGCGCCCGGCAGCGCGCUCGCGCUCAUCGGCGGUGGCGGCGCGGGGGGCGUCCCGAACGCGCAGGCGAUCAAGGCGCACCUCGCGGCGAUCGCGGCGAGGCACGGCGUGCAGGGAGAAUUCUCUGGGAGUCUCGGCGCCGCGGAGGGCGGCCCCACGCCCGCGGACUCGGACGACCCGGAGGUGGUUCGAAGCUACGCGAAGUAUAACGACUGCUGCCAGCGACUGAACGCGGGGGACUUCGUGGACGUGAGAGCGGAGCACGAGCGGUCGCCUUCGCCGCCGCCGAGGUACGACAAGUACGGAAACAGGACGAACACGCGCGACAUGCGCAUGCGGGACAAAUUGAUCGAGGAACGGAGCGACCUGAUCGGAUGGCUCGUGACGCGGUGCCCGCACUUGUUCCGCCCGCCGCAGGACUGGAAGCCGAGGAAGAAGACGCGCAAGAUUUACUUCCCGUUGAAAGAAUAUCCGGGGUAUAACUUCAUAGGGUUAAUCAUCGGCCCGCGAGGGAACACGCAGAAACGGAUGCAACGCGAGACGAACACGCGCAUCGCGAUUCGCGGAAAAGGCAGCAUCAAAGAGGGCGCGUCGAGGGAGCCCGGGACGGACUACAACGAGGACGACGACUUACACGUCGUCAUCACCGGUGACACGAACGAGGAGGUCGACCGCGCCGCGGCGAUGGUCGAGAGCCUCAUGAAGCCCGUGAACGACGACUUCAACGAGCACAAGCGCGCGCAGCUGCGCGAGCUGGCGCUCAUCAACGGCACGCUGCGCGACAUCGACGGCGCCGCGUGCCGCGCGUGCGGCAAACCCGGGCACAACGAGAUUAACUGCCCGGAGAAAGACCUCGGGGGGUUCCGCGCGGACGUCGCGCUCGUGACGUGUAAGAUUUGCGGCGACGGCGGGCACCCGACGAUCGAUUGCCCGAUGCGGCGGAGCGGCGCCGCGGGCGCCGCCGCCGCCGCGGAGAUGUCGAGCGAGUACCAGUCUUUCCUCUCCGAGCUCGGCGUGGACAAAGCCCCGGGCGGGUUAGGCGGCGGCGGGCUCGGACCGAGGCCUGGGCUGGGGCUCGGCGGUGAGCGACCGGAGAGGGUGAUCGAUCCCUCGAAGUGUUACGUCGGUUCGUUGCCGGAGAGGCUGUCCAACGACGAGCCGGCGAUGCGCGAGAUGUUCGGACGCCACGGCGCGAUCGAGAAGCUCGACGUCAUCCGCAACCCGGACGGCACCCCGAAGGGGUUCGCGUUUAUUAAGUUUGGCGACGCGGACUCGGCGAAGCGCGCGAUCGACGCGCUGCAUCGCGCGCCCGUGGACGGGAGGAUGAUCCAGGUGAAGAUUGCGGGGGAUAAGAGUAACGACCGAGACCGCGCCGGCGGCGCCGCCGGCGCCGGCGGCGGGUUCAACCGACCGCCGGGCCCGCCGGCGAUCAUGGCCGGGAUCAACGUCCCGCCGCCGCCACCGCCCUCGAUAAUGGCCGGCGUGAACGCCCCGCCGCCGCCGCCGCCGGGGAUGGGCGGCGGCGGCGGCGGCGGCGCCGGAAUACCCGGCCCGCCGGGGCUUCCGGGGAUGGCGUCCGUGGCGCAGCACCGGGACCGGCCGCCGCCGGGGCCGCCGGGUCCGCCGAUGACCGCCUACGGGCAUCACCACCCGGGCGGGCCGCCGAUGCAUCACCAGAUGCAUCAUCCGCACCAUCCGCAGAUGAUGCCGCCGCAGCAGUACGGGCAACCGAUGACGAUGCACGUGCCGCCGCCGCCGGGGAUGGGGAUGGGGAUGGGGAUGGCGGGAGGGAUGGGCGCGGCGCCGCCGCCGCCGCCGCCGCCGCCGUCGAACGACGCGGGGAUUCCGCCGCCGCCGCCGCCCGAGAUGGGGGGGAUCCCGCCGCCGCCGCCCGUGGACGGCACCGCGGGGUUCCCGCCGGGGCACGCGCAGGGGUGGGGUGGGGUGACGCAGCAGGUGCCGCCGCCGCCGGGGAUGGCGCAAGCGCCGCCGCCGCCGCCGGUGGAUCCGGAAUACGAGAGGUUCAAGCAGGAGAUGGACAUGGAGAUGUAA